GUAAUCUAGAAUAGUAGUAGAAAUGAAGAAAGAAAAGGUCAUUCCCUUUGCAGCACAAACACAUCUUCUCUGAAAAGUUAAACACAUGAAAAUCACUGUUUCUUCAUCAUUCAACCAUUUUCAUAUAACCCAUUUUUCUCCAUUUCUCUAAUCUUCAAACAACAAAACAGAGCUUACAAAGCUUUUUAAAAAAAUCCUUUCUUUGGAUACCCACAUAGUAAUUGUCUUUUUCCUUAAGAAAGAAAGUUGGUAUAUACCAUAUAGUAUAAAAAAGACACCUUUUUUUUUUCCUGUCUCCAGUUUACCCCCUUUUGUUCUGUUGAUACUUGAAGAGGGUAUAAGUUUUUUUGAAGAAAUCUGAUAAAUUUUGCUCUGAAAUGGGUGGUCGUUCUUCCAAAUUCUCUUUCUGCUGCUGGCAUUCAAGCCGUAAACCAUCUCCUCAUGAUUUAUCUGAUCUGGAGAAUGGAGGGGAAAAUGGGAAAAACGCGUUGCCGGAUUUUACUGAAUUCAGUCUUGAUGUGCUGAUGAUUGCAACUGAAGGAUUUUCUGCGGAUAACAUUGUGUCUGAACAUGGAGAGAAAGCCCCAAAUGUGGUUUUUAAAGGGUUGCUGGAGAAUGGUCAUUGGGUUGCUGUUAAACGCUUCAAUAAGUCUGCUUGGCCAGAUUCUCGACAAUUCUUGGAUGAGGCUAAAGCGGUGGGGAAUCUGAGAAGUGAGAGACUGGCGAAUCUACUUGGAUGUUGCUGUGAAGGGGAACAAAGGUUGCUCGUGGCUGAGUUCAUGCCAAAUGAGACCCUUGCAAAGCAUUUAUUUCACUGGGACAGCCAACCUAUGAAGUGGGCAAUGAGGUUGAGGGUGGCUUUUUACUUAGCUCAAGCUGUGGAAUACUGCAGCAGUAAGGGUCGAGCAAUAUAUCAUGAUCUUAAUGCUUACAGAAUCUUAUUUGAUCAGGAUGGUAAUCCUAGACUCUCUUGCUUUGGCCUGAUGAAGAACAGUAGAGAUGGAAAAAGUUAUAGUACAAACUUGGCUUUCACUCCUCCAGAAUACAUGAGAACAGGAAGAGUGACAUCUGAAAGUGUAGUUUACAGCUUUGGAACAAUGUUGCUAGAUCUUUUGAGUGGAAAACAUAUACCUCCUAGCCAUGCACUUGAUCUGAUCCGGGUGAAGAAUUUGUCGAUGUUGAUGGAUUCUUGUUUGGAGGGUGAUUUUUCUAAUGAUGAUGGAACCGAGCUAGUGCGGCUUGCCACCCGUUGUUUACAGUAUGAAGCACGUGAGAGGCCAAAUGCAAAAUCUCUUGUUAAUUCUCUUAUUGCCAUUCAGAAAGAAACAGAGGUACCAUCACAUGUUUUGCUGGGAAUUAGACAUGGAGCUGCAACCCCACCCCAACCAUUGGUGUUGACAACAAUGGGUGAAGCAUGUUUGAGAAGAGAUCUGACUGCCCUUCAUGAGAUAUUGCAAAAGACGGGGUACAAGGAUGAUGAAGGAAUUGCCAAUGAGCUUUCUUUCCAAAUGUGGACUAAUCAGAUGCAGGAAACCUUGAAUUCUAAGCAGCAAGGAGAUGCUGCUUUCCGAGCCAAGGAUUUCAUAACAGCCAUUGAAUGCUACACACAGUUCAAUGAUGGAGGGACCAUGGUGUCACCAACCAUAUACGCCAGGCGCUGCUUGUGUUAUCUGAUGAGCGACAUGGCACAAGAAGCUCUAGGAGAUGCAAUGCAAGCUCAGGUUAUAUCCUCUGAGUGGCCUACCGCCUUUUAUCUUCAGUCUGUUGCCCUUUUUACCCUUGGGAUGGAGAAUGAUGCCCAAGAAGCACUAAAAGAAGCCACAAAGUUGGAAGGCAAAAGGAGCAAAAAUUAAAAUACUAGUGUGUAGAUUUACAUUACUUGAUUUUUCAAGUUUCUUAUAUUAAAGGGCUUGUGAUAUAAAGUUGUUACUAUGUCAAUAGUUUAUUUCUAAACUAAAUUACUUUUGAUUUUGUGCUCACAUUCUGUCAAGGCAUUGGAGAAUUAUAGAUUGCCCUCUGUUGCCCCUUUUGUUCUUGAUUUGUUUAAUAGAAAUGGUAUCUCAACUUGUUUGGCUU